AUGAGGGUAGACAAGGCCCUUUGGGCCCUAACCCCGGUGAUUAACUCGGGCUGCCCCUCGCCCAAAGGCGGGGCGCACCCAGCAGCCAAUCAGACGGUUCCUUAUAAUCCGCCCCUGGCGAAGAGCCGCGGAGCUGGAGCUGGAGGGACUCGUCCGGCCCCAGGCGACCAGCGGAGCCCAGCGCCGUGUGCGGAAAUUGUUGGUACAUUAGCAAUAUGAUACACAAUGUCUUCUGGAAACAUCCAGGAAUCCCAGACAUUAAUUAAACCAGCAUUCAGUGAAAAAGAAGCCACUGAAUUAGUUGAAAGGGUAUUUGGAUUAAAAGUAUCUGCAAUCAGAUCACUCCCCAGCUAUGAUGAUCAGAAUUUUCAUGUUCACAUUUCAAGAAGUGAGGGAACAGCAGACGGUGCUGACGAGUAUGUUCUCAAAAUCACCAACUGUGAAGAUAGCCAGAAUCCUGAACUCAUUGAAGUGCAGACCCAGAUCAUGAUGUUUUUGAAUGUUGAAGGGUUUCCUUCAGCUAUGCCCCAUCUUACUAAAAACGGUAACAUCAUGUCUCUAGAAUCAUUAGGUACUGGCUCUGUGACAAAAAAGUACAUGGUGAGACUGCUGACCUACCUCCCAGGCAUGACCGUGGCAACAAUCUCUACAAAUCCUCACAUUUUAUAUGAGAUUGGGAAACUAGCUGCCAGAUUGGAUAAAACUCUCACAGAGAAAUUCCAUCAUCCAUCAAUAAAAAGUCUGCAUCGAGGGAAGUUCAUUUGGAACUUGGCAAAUGUUCCUCUUCUAGAGCAGUAUAUUCAUGCCCUGGGCCAGAAUAGUUAUCGUGAAGUUGUGGAGCAAGUUAUUCAGCAGUUCAAAGAUAAAAUAGUACCCAAGCUAAGGAAUUUUCGAGCCUGUAUCAAUCAUGGGGACCUCAAUGACCACAAUAUCUUAUUAGAUUCCAACACUGCUUCACCAGAGAAUCCACAAUAUAGAGUGUCUGGUAUUUUGGACUUUAGUGACAUGAGCUAUGGUUACUAUGUAUUUGAAUUAGCAAUAACUAUCAUGUACAUGAUGAUUGAGAGCAAGGAUCCUCUCAGUGUUGGAGGGCAUGUUCUUGCAGGGUUUGAAAGCAUUGUACCAUUGACAACAGAGGAGAGAGAUGCCCUGUUUCUCUUGGUGAGUGGUAGAUUUUCUCAGUCACUUGUAAUAGCCUCAUACACUUCCCUCUUGUAUCCUGAGAACAAAGAAUACCUAAUGAUCACAGCAAAAACUGGAUGGAAGCACUUAUUAAGAAUGUUUGAGGUGGGCCAAGAAGCUGUAGAGAAGAUUUGGUUUGAGACUGCAAAAGCAUAUAUGAACAAUGAACCUGUGUAGCUUUCAUAUCUUUAUUACAGACACAAAUGUUCAUAUACUUACAAGUAAAGAUGCACCUAACAAUUUAUGUAAUUGUACAAUUUGUAUUCACUACAUUCUAAAAAGUAAUUUAAAGAUAAAAUAAUGCAUUGUGAAUGUUUUCAGAGAUGUAUCACUGGCUCUUAAGACAAUGAUUUUUUUUAAAAACUACAAGGUGUCUGCUCAUGUUCAGUUACCAGGGUGGUACAUGCACACUGAAUACUUACACACCCAAACAGCCAGUCAUGUAUAUGCCUAGAGACACUUGGCUUGCUAAAUGUGCAUUGAAAUUGUACAUUUUUUCACAGGUAAUUGCCCGUGUACAGUUUAGAAAAUUGGGCUCAACAUUGUUACCUAGCAGCUCUGUGUUCUUGGGGAACCAGGGCACAGUACCAAGCCUGUCUGACUCAUGGAAGACCUCCCCCCUUCCCCCCCCCCCGCCUCUGCUUGAACCAAAACCGAUCAGAAGAAAGACUUACAAAAAGCAAUGAAAAGGCAGUGGGAGGCACACCUAAACCGCUGGGAUAAGGGUGACAGGAUUAAGGAAACUCCCCUAGCCCCAUUUGCAUCCAAGAUGGGACAAGGAAGCAUCUCUAUUGGCAUACAGAAUGGAGAACAGAGAUUCCAAGGCAAGAACCACACAGAACUCUGGGCCCAGAAAAUCAGGGAAACCCUGCAUCAUGGGAAUCUCUGCUCCAGAUGUUAACGAACCCACACCUGCACACACCCAGCUCAGCAGUUAUCAGACCAAUUCUAGUAUUGGUAUCCAAAAUAGUGAAGCUCCCUAAUUGCAUUGUGAGCUCCCUCCCAGGAACACGGCCCAUAGUCAGAAAUGAUCAGCUCCCUUUGUCUAGCCUGAACAAAAUGACUUUGGUAUACUCCCUUGAGCCAUCAAUUUACACAUAAACAAAUCUAGUGUUCUCCCUUGAACCAUUGCUGUUUCUCUACAAAAACCCCUACCCAUGCUCAAGUAAGUGUUCUGAUGCCUGGAUCCAAAAUCUGCAUCAGUUCCAUUGGGACUUCAUCUUCUCCUGACUGAUUGUGCUGGGGCCUCUGCCUGUCUCCAGCACUACAGACCCUCAACUACCGCCAGCAUCUGGGACCCCUGAUCGAUUCAAGCUUCACGGUGUGGUGAGAACCCAUCUCUGUCUCUCUCUUGGUUAAGCCUUCUGACCCUGACUUGUGAGAUUAGUUAUAAUUUUCGAAACCUGACUUUUAUAAUCAAAU